CUUGAAAAGGCAAUGUGUUACGAUCAAAAAAGACGAAUAAUAGCGCAAAUACGAAGUGUUAAACGUCACCUUGAAACAACAAUACGUGGAAAGGAUACAAGAAAAAGUCCUGAACCAGUACAAAAAACCAAAUCUAUUAUAAAAAGACAAGCUGAAGAACCUAAUGUGAAUAGCGAAAAAUAUGAAAUAAAAAUUACACACAUUGAUGUUCACGAUUCGUCAGAGAAUACAAACAUACACAACCCAAUUUCGACACGGAAGAUUUCUGGAGCGUCUGGCUAUAAAGCCAGAAAAGAUUUUUUUGAAAACAAAAAUUUAAAUAAUAAUUCGGAUAUAGCAAUUCCCAUAACUACCCAACAGAUAGUAAGAUCAUCAAUAAUAAAUUGCCGUGCUUCAUUUGAAUUGAAUGAUGAUAAAAAAACACUAUUAAAAGACAAAACCAACGUUCCAAAACAAACAACGCCAGAUACAAAAAAUAGAUCGCAUGACCGAAUAAUUGAAAGCCCGACAAAUAUUAUGAACACCGAUUUAUUCGAUAUCAGAGUUGAGGAAAUCAAUAAAUCUAGAAGAAUUUUGGAAUCAAAGACUAUGAAAGAUAGAAAAGCAGCUUUCGAAAAAAUCGAUGUUGCUGAAAAACCAGCUAGGCCACAUAAAUUUACCCUAAAGAGCCAAUCUACAAUUUCCGUAAUUAAUACAGAUAGACUCUUUGAAGUACAUAAUAAAUCAAGUGUGGUUCCUGAUAAACCUUCAGAGAAUGUCUCUAGUAGAAGAAUUACAAGUUCUAAUAUCGGUAAAAAAAGCGCAGAAAAAACUAAAACCAUUGACUCUAUCAAUAAUGUUAGUGAUAGUGCAGACGGAACAGUUUCGUCAAACAGUGCGGACAGAAAUGUUACAGAAACUAACAGAAACAGAAGAAAGAUUGAAGAAAUAUUUGAUUUGCACGUUUUAGAGCUUAUG